UUCAGUACUUGUCCUUCCGUCUUCCAUCUCUGGGCGCAACCAUUGCGACUUCAUUUUUACUCUCCGCAAAAUUUUCGUCUGCUUUAUUGUUGCUCACUCGUUUAUCUUGCGGAUGAUUGGAAAUAAUCUUAUUCUGGGUUAUUUGCACAGCUCUAGGGUUUUGGGUUGGCAGCUUCUUAGGUUUUUAUGCGAUAAGGAUUGGAGAAUUGAUGUCAGGAGGUGUCUGAUGGCGGCUGAUGAAAUCAUCACAAGGGCUUUGUUUGGGGUUGCUGUAUCUAGCUCGUUCCCUUUGAGAUUCCAGGAUUUGAGCAACAUACAAGAAGUUCCCAAUCAUCAGGAAAUUUUUGUUGAUCCGAGUCGGGAUGAGAGUAUUAUCAUCGAGCUGUUGGAUUUCAAGCAUGAUGUUGAAGACCAUGGCAGUGCUGUGUGGUUUCUACGCGACCUUGCUAGUGAACAAGAUGCAGAACAAAGCAUGCUUUUGGAGCAAUCUGGCAUUGUUGAAGCUGUUGGCUUGCGCUACAGGGAUGUACCUUCAGUUGUCUCAACAGCAGUUGGUCAAAUGGCUGUUUCAAAGGGAAGACAAGGAAGGGAGGCUCAAAAUAUAGUGAGGGUAUAUCUUGCAAAUUUGCGCCUUAAGGGGGCUUCAACUGAUGUGCUAAUCACGGCCUAUGAACCUGUUUUUAUCAAUCCAUUGAGCACAAGUGCGAGGAGCGUGGGAGCUGGCCCAGCCGUUCCAGCAGCAGAUUCAGGAUGCCUUCCAAUGGCGGAGGUGUUUAAGCAUGCUGUCACUAGCUUCACUGUUCAUGACUGGAGUCUCUUUGGCGCAGUUUCCUAAGACAAAGUGACUUAUUAGGUGCGUGUUUUUAGCCUUUGGUAACCUUUAGAACUACUUUCUUCUAGAAAUUUGCUAAAGAAGGCAUAUUAUUUACACGGGUGCCAAUUUGCAAAAUUAUGUUUUUAUGGAUGUAAAAAUAUUUGUAUAUCACAUAGUAUAAACGAGCACUAGAAUUCAUAAGUUAAGUUUACAUGGUUGCAUGGAGAUAUACACGUUUAUACAGCAAUCUACAGUUGUAAAAUGAAUGAAUUUGUAUCAAAUGUAUGAGCAUUUAUGUUCACGUCACUAUAAUUUAUUUUAU